UUCUUCACACAUCUGUUGUGGCUUGUUGCUGGGCAGGUAAACAAAUGCACACCGGGGUCAAAUAGUUUCACUUUACAUGUGUUCAUUCGUUUCGUUGCAUUAGAAAUUUGCAAAUAUAUCUAAAAACAUUGGAAAUAUUGAACUUUUAUCAGAUGUUUGGAGCCUAAGUUGAUAUGGUACUUUAAAUACAGAAAUAAAAGGAUUUCUAGGAUAACAACAAAAUCAACAUGGCGUCUCGACAUAACGGACAUAAAGACAAAGAUGAUUAUGAUGAUUACGAUUACAGUGAUUCAUUUGUUAGUGAUGAGGACGAUGAGAGCGUCAAGAAACAAUCUCCGCAGACUAGAAAAGUAGCUCAAGUAACAGCAAGGAAGAAGCCUCCGACCAAUCGAGGACACAAAGGAAGAAUAUCAAGCAGAGCAACAGCUCAGUCACAGGAACCAAAAGUAGACAAUGCUGUCCAGAGAAUGUUGUCGUCCAAAAACUUACGAAUUAACGAAUUAAAAAAUCAACUUCAAGAUUUCCGGUUAAAUUUGGAUGAAAUGAAAGAAGAGAACAAAUUGUUAAAGAAAACACAAAAAAGACAAGAAAAGGCAUUAGGGAAGUUUGAAAAUGAGGAGAGUGAUAUACCGCAGCUACUGCAAAGACAUAACAACGAAGUGAGAACUUUACGGGAACAGUUAAAAAAAACACAGGAUAAAUAUCAACGGACAGACCGAUACCUAAGGGAUGCCGAGGAUGAGCUCGAUAAAACUAAAAGUAAACUAAAAAAAUUUAAAAAUCUAGCUGAAGACAAAAACCUUUUAGAAAGACAGGAGUUACAAAAGAAAGUUCAACAAACUGAAAUAGAUUUAGAAGAAAAGGAUGUCAAAGUUCGGGAUUUAGAGAAACAUAUUAAUCAUUUAAACAAGAAUCAUCGUCAUGAGUUAGGAAUAGAAAUUGCACGUCACAGAGAUUUUCAGAAACAGAUGGAAAGUUUGCGGAAUGACAACGAAGAAUUACAGAAUAGAUUAAGGGAAAAAGUAAAAGCUGUUGAGCUAGCAAAUAUUUACAGUUUACGGAAAGGUAAAAAAUUACCUGCCUCAUAUAGUGGGACCCCAAACAGAACACCACCUCCAGGACGUAGAAAACGUAACCCAUCAUUACAUGAUAUAACACCUAGAGAGAAAAUGAAAAUGUUUGAGGACAAGCGAAAGGAAGAGGAACGUCUUCAAAGAGAGUUUCAGAGAGGUGAUGGACCUAAAAUGGCUUUCCAAACAGCAGGCAGUAGUAAUAGAAGUAUCCAUAAAAAUAAAGAGUCUAAAAAACAGCCAAACCUUACCUAUCGAUCAUCUCAAAAUAACAGCUUUGAUAAAGACAGAGAAUAUGAUAGCAAACAAUCUGACCUGAACUCCUCCUAUAAUAAGGGACAUAGUGGGACCAAUUAUAGUUCUGACCCACACGACUAUAGUACUACACAAGAGAAAAAACACAGGACCGUCCGUCAGAAAGAAAAAAUCAGUGCCAAUCCGACCUUCCUAACAGAAAGCAAUGAGUACAGUCCCUCUCAACCAAACUCUGAUAGGCAACCUAAGCAACAAGAAAGACAUAAGAGAGACAGAGAGGAGCAGCUAAGACAAAGAGCUGAGGAGGACGACCGAAGGAGACAGAGGGAGAGGGACGAUCAGGAAAUGAGGGAAUUAGAACAAUUAGAACAGGAGAGAAGGCAGAGGGAGUCACGGGAUAGGGAGGAACAGAGGAAACGGGACCAGGAAGCAGAGGAAUGGAUGAAGAAAAUGGAGGGUGAGAAAAGGCAAAGGGAGUCGGAGGAACAUAGAGUGAGAGAAGAACAGCAGAGAAAGGAGAGGGAAGAAAGAGAAAGACGAGAUAAAGAAAGACAUGAACAGGAAAGAAGAGCAAGAGACGAAAAGGAUAGAAUGGAAAUGGAUGUUCAGCUGGCGGAGGAGCGAAUGAAGAAAGAUGAAUUACUGAAGAAGUUACGAUUGAUUGAUGAAGGACAGAAUAAACCGGAGGAAAAGAAAACAACAGGAGGAGGAAGUGAAUUGUUUUUUGUUACCUCCAAUAAACAGAGACGUGACAGCGAUGCCGGGUCUGCCACGUCAAGUAAGAAAAGUAGUUAUUCCUUUACUAAACCUGUUGAAAAUAUGCAUCAUGGUAAACCAGCAAGAGAUGAUGUCACAGUUCCUUACAUCGAACGUCAGAAAAAACAGCAACCUUCACCUCCUGUCGGUGGCUAUCAGCCAUCAUUUGGCAUGAGUAGUGGGAUAACUGGAGGGGGUAAAAAGACUAAAAAAUCUACUGGUCAGGUGAUCUUUGAUGAUUAUGACAAAGAUGACAAGGCUAAGAAACCACCAAUAAACAAAAAAGGGGACUUAAUGUCAGAACUGUUUGGAAAUCAGGCGAGUAAACCAACAAAAUCCACUGACUUAGAUAGUAGUGAGGAUGUUUUCAAACCACCUGUAAGGAACACAAAAACAACAGCAACUAAAACAUCAGGCUUUCCCUGGGAGGAUGAUAAUAAAAAAUCAACUACAACAAAUUCACUAAGGGGUGAACGAGCAUCGUCAUUGUUUGGAGGUGGGGGCAGUGGUAUUCUAGACGAUAAUGACUCAUCUGUGUUUGAUUCAUCAAAAAUGUUGCCGAAGAGAGGCAGGCAACCAAACACAACAUUUCAGGCAAAGCCAGCUGUUUCUGCAAUAGACCAUUCCCAUUUUGAUGAUGAUAUUGAAGAAGUUAUGUUGUAUAAUAGUUAUAGAAUGAGUGGGUGUUUUGCAUACAAGGGAAAAAAGAAACGAGUAAACCCAGCUGAUUACUUUAAAGCUUGUGAACAUCCAGUCUCUGGAGCUUCCCGACAAUCAACGUGUGAUCAGACAUGGGAAGAAAUUGAUCAGGAAAUACAAAUACUGAGAGCUGAUUUGAAUUCUAAGAUAUUCGAUGAUCUACUGGCGUUUACAAGCUCCUGUCAUGAAAAGUUUAGUUUAGACCAUGAUCAGGAUCACAAAGACUCUUUUGUUACUGAAAUACCUACAGCUGCCCUUGUUACUGGGGUGAACACACCUGACCAUGGUGUUAUGUUUUCCACAUUAGUAGAACUGUUACAUGAGAGAGUAUCUCCCCUGGUGGCCAUACUCAGAUCUAAGGAUUGUAACAAAGUAAAGAAUGUUCUCACGAAGACACUGGGACAACUUCUACAGAAUCCAGAUAUGUUUACUGAUGAAGACGAUGACUUGAUAACCAACACUAAAAAUUUACCCUGUACUCUGUCAACGCUAUCUGCCUGGUAUAAUAAUAAAUAUAAGCAACCCCACAGUCCUUCAAAGAAGAGGAAGUCCGUCUCUACGAGUGAGCACCAGAGAUAUCCCCCGAUCAUUAUUGUAUUUGAAGAUUUGGAGAGUUGGGUCCCUCAAAUAUUACAGGAUUUCAUCACAAUUUGUAGUAACUACAUACAUCAUUUACCAAUAGUAUUUGUAUUUGGUAUUGCCACAUCAGUUGCUGCUGUUCAUAGAUUGCUUCCUAAUACUGUGUCAUCACUCUUAUGUAUGGAGAAAUUCCAAGCACCUCCCUCUACUGAAUAUUUAACACUUGUCAUUAACCAGAUAAUAAUGACAUCCAAGUUUCCAUUCAAGUUGGGAUCAAAGGUGUUUCAGUUGUUAUUAGAUAUAUUUCUGUACCAUGAUUUCUCUGUCCUAAACUUUAUUAAAGGUUUACAGUUCUGUAUUCUGGACCACUUCUUCUCCUUCCCGUGCAGUCGUAUAUUAUGUCAUCAUGAAGACUUGCCUCAGACAAUCAAAGACAUGAAACACCAUGAUAUAGAAUCUGUGAGGAUGACUCCAUCCUUUAUGAGAUAUGUUGAAAGCAGUCCACCAAAAGAACAGAUAGCUCUACUAGAAAAUGAUGAAUAUACAAAGAAAGUUAUUGAGGAAUUUAUGUCACAGAUAAACAAAUAUCAUGAGUUAUUUUUCCCUGUGUUACGAUGCCUUCAUUGUUUGGUCAGUAAACUUCCUAAGCAUCCAUUGGGUAAACAGUUGAGAGAAGUAUAUUCUAUGACCCUUGGUAGUUUUGUAUGUGAAACUGAGCAGUACAAAGAUGCUAUAGAGUUGUUGAAAAUGAUGUCCAAAGACAGGCUAACAGAGUUGAUGAAGACCAGUGUCCAGGAGCUGGGACAAGAUAUACACAAUGACCUACAAGAUAUACCUCAAGAUCUGGAAAGGUUGCUACAGAGAUUUGAUACAUUACAUGAAAUACCAGAGGAAGAGGAAGACACUGACAGCCAAGAAGAGUCAACAUUACACUUAGAGAAAACAGAUUUACAUAAUCUUAGAAAGAAAUUAAUGGAGGCUGGUAAGAAAAGUAAGAAGUUAUCACCGUAUGAAAAGUUACGAUUGGAAGUUGUAGAUUAUUAUGACAAUCUGUUCAGGAAAUAUCUGUCAUCUCCUAAGUCUUUCCCUUUACAUGAGGUGUUUUACUAUGAUUCUGCAGCAGACGUAAAGAGACAGUUGAACUCCUCCCCCAGAUCAGCGGUACAAACUGCAUUGGCUACCCCUCAGCAUUAUCUUCAGUGUAAAUGUUGUGAUAUGGACCCUGGUAUUAUAUGUUCUACGAUGCCAGAUCUCUGUAUAGUAUAUAAACUACACCUGGAAUGUACUCAGCUGAUUAACCUGUUUGAUUGGCUACAAGCUUUUGUGACAGUUGUAACAUCAGAACAGGAGGAAGAAGAAGGAAAGAAGAAAACAGUGGAGAAAGUAUUACAAGCUCGAUUUAUAAGAGCUGUAUCAGAGUUACAGUUCCUGGGAUUUAUAAAACCUACCAAGAGGAAGACGGACCAUGUGGCACGACUAACCUGGGGAGGAUGUUAAAA